CAUGGAAGGACCAGAUGCAGAGUCCAGCCAUUUAAUCAGACGGAAUCAGCUGUUGUGCCAAGCUGCACCCUCAUGUGCCACCUGUUGCCUGAUCGCAUAGCACAGAUCCCUGGCUUGGCCAUUUAACUUAGCAGCGUGGCCCAGCUGUGCCUCACAUUGAACAAUCAGCAGUCGGAGCGAAACCUUCUUCACUUAAGGCUUCUCUUGCCUCUCCCAAUGGGUUCUGUAGUGGCCAAGCUCUUGCUACCGACCAUCAGCAGCCUGGCAUUUCUGCCGACCAUCAGCAUAGCUGCCAAGAGGAAGUUUCACAUGGAAGCGAUGGUUUAUUUCUUCACCAUGUUCUUCAUUGCGAUCUUUCAUGCCUGCGAAGGGCCCGGCUUGUCUUUCCUCUGCUUCAUGAGAUACGACCUGCUUGAGUACUUCAGUAUUUAUGGCACAGCCCUCUCCAUGUGGGUGUCUCUGAUAGCACUGGCUGAAUUUGAUGAACCCAAGAGGUCCACCCUGGUGAUGUUUGGCGUUCUGACCAUCGCAGUCAGGAUUUUUCAGGAUCGUUGGGGCUACGGCGUCUACUCGGGGCCCAUUGGGACUGCCGUGCUCAUGAUCACUGUCAAAUGGCUCACCAAAAUGAAAGAGACAAAGAAGCUCUAUCCAGAUAAAAGCGUAUACACCCAGCAGAUCGGGCCGGGAUUCUGCUUUGGCGCGCUGGCUUUGAUGCUACGCUUCUUUUUUGAGGAAUGGGAUUACACGUACGUGCACAGCUUUUACCACUGCUCUCUGUCGAUGUCCUUUGUGCUGCUUCUCCCCAAAGUCAACAAGAAAGCAGGGAAUGGGGGCGACCCGGCCAAAAUGACCUGUUCCACGUUCUGCUGCUGUGUAUGAAGGGAAAGGACUUGAUCUUGACAGAAUAGAUGGGAGGCUACCGAGUCACGGAGCUAGGAACGUGGCCAUUGUUGCUCAAACUCCUCUAAUUCCUCCCGAUGAAAAUCCGUAGGAGCUUUCUUGGUUGGUUCCUGUGAAACCCGGCACAGCGCAGAAUAGAAAACAUUGUAAAAAAUCAUGGAAUGAGUAUAAAUAGUUUACAAUUAAAAAUAUCAAAAAGAAAAAAACUGCCCUUCAGUAUAGGCCUUGAAUUAAAGGGGACCUGUCACCCUAAAAAAUAA